UCGAUUGUUCGUUAGGAGGUACUAUAGGUAUAAGGAAAAUUACUACCUACAAAUACAAUAGCCGUCGGCCGUCGCUCGUUGUGUUGUAUUGCUGUUAUUGUAAAUUAACUAAAUAUCUUGGAAUCCAAUAUCAAUCAAAUUUAUAGUAGUGCUGAGAUGUGGCAUACAAUGAUUUACGUAUUUAUCAUCAUGUUGGUGACUUACAUUGUGAAACAAUUAUUUUCUGAAACGCCGAAUUUCAUAAAAUUUAAAUCGAAAUUUUUGAUUUUCUACAUUUGGGCUUCACUUACAGCUGUGAUUUUAAUGCCUUUUUUCGUAUUCAAUCCAAAGAAUGUAAAAAAUUCCUUAUUCGGAUCUCAAAUAAUAAAGCAUGUCACUAAAAUAAUAGAAGUAAAGUGGCAAUUAAGAAAUGGCAAAGUACUGGCUGAAGAUCAGGGGGCUGUUGUGGUUUCAAACCAUCAGUCUACAAUUGACAUUUUAGGAAUGUUCAAUAUAUGGCAUGUCGCCGAUAAAGUUGCUGCAAUAGCAAGGAAGGAAAUAUUUUAUGUUUGGCCCUUUGGGCUUGCAGCAUAUUUGGCUGGUGUAGUGUUCAUAGACAGGAAUAAUUCUAAAGAUGCUUACAAACAGCUUAAAGUCACUUCUGAGGUUAUGGUUAAAAACAAGACUAAAAUCUGGUUGUUCCCUGAAGGAACAAGAAACCGAGAUUUGUCAACACUGUUGCCAUUCAAAAAGGGUGCGUUCAAUAUAGCUGUUGCUGCGCAGGUGCCCAUAAUUCCCGUAGUAUAUUCACCUUACUAUUUCAUCAACAGAGAGAAGAAUAUUUUCAAUAAAGGUCACGUAAUCAUUCAGUGUUUGGAGCCAAUACCAACGAAGGGUAUGACCAUGGAAGACGUUCCUGAAUUAAUAAAUCGCGUUUAUAAUUCUAUGGAUAACAUGUACAAAGAGCUUUCUAAGGAGGUAUUGAGCGCGCUCCCUGCUGACUACCCUCUCCCUACAAAAUAAGUGGAAACUAGACUAACUUUUAUAGAUAAGUGAUGCAUCAUUUUGAUGUAAGUUAAGUAGCAUAAUAUUUGCCAUGAGUUUAAUGUGUAACUUUUACGAUUAUAGACAUUGAGCAUAUGUAUUACAUAUUCAAUGUCUAUCCGGCAACUAAAAUCUUUUAUCUGUGAUUAAUAAUAUGAGGCAAUCUGAACUUGACGUUUCUUACACAUAAAUGAGUUCAUCAUUACACUUGAGUCUAAUCUAUUAUUACCUAUUUUAUUUGUCAAAUUUGGAAUUAUUUUUGUGUCAGAGAUAAUAUGUAAUGCCAUUUUGUCAACUGAAAUGAUAACACCAGGGUAAGUCAAAGGAAAUUUAAAAAUCUUGAUUCUUCAAUUUUUUGUUUUAAUAUAUUGGCAUGGCAAACAUAAAGCUAUAGUUACUUAAUAGAUUAGGUAAGUAGCUAGCCAAUGCUAGAAAAUCUUCUGGCAUAGCUAUUAUCAGGCAAUUUAGUACUGAGCCGAAUUAUAUUUUUUCUAAUAGCAAUUUUUUUCGACGAAUAAUCUUCUCGGAUAAUGAGUUUAGUUUGACUUAUAUAGUUUGAUUAACCAUGGUAGAUUAGAAGAAAUUACAUUUAUUUUAUGCCAAAGAUUGUGUUCCCAAGUAAAUUUAAAAAAAUUGGUAUUUCCAUUUGAACAUGUAAUCUAAGACAGAUCUCAAAAACUGUAAGGCUUUUAAAAUUAAGACUAAUGUAUUUACAAUAUCUAAUUAUGUAUGAUACGGUAUUGACGGCAGCAGAUACGGAGUAAAUUAUAAAGCGAUACAAAGUGUAAUGAUUACGACAGUCUACGUGCCACCUAGUUUUGUAUACAAUGGGCGUUCCUUCGUUUACAUUCGAUUGCGCUAUAUAGUUUCAAGUUGAAUAUCAAACAUUCAACAGUACCUACUUUUAAUUGCAUUGUUCCCUUUUGUUGUUUUAAUUUUAUACAAGCUGACCUAUUAAUUACAAAUAAAUUGCCUGAAUGACUAAUAUAGCUGUUAAUAUAUAGCUUUAUUUUCCAAUGUUUCAUUUUCCUCAAGAAGUUGAAACCAAACAUAUACUUUGGAAUUAUAUUAACUGUAUUUACUGCUGUGGUACCCUGUCAUGCGCGAGUACAAUUCGAACUUUGUUACUUUUAAAAUAAUUAUAUAGGUACUAUGUCUGUAAAAUGAAAACAUUGUUGAUUUUAUAUCAUUAGUUUCAUUAGCAGUCAACUUCCUGACUAGCUAACUAAUGAUAAUCCGCUAUGCCAAUUGAGCAUAAUUAAUUUUUUAUCAUCACCUAAUAUGUUAAUAAUAGGCUUUAACUGGUAUACUCUAAAAUAAAUAGAAUAGUGACAACAUGUGGUCGACUUCAACAGUAUUACAAACAAUUUACGACAUCUAUUGUUUAACGUGUUAUCGUAUGAUUAUCGCCUGCAUACCUGCCCUUUACAUUGUUUGUCAUACACCAUUAAUCUUAUAAAUGUUACGGCUAAACGCCGAGUGCGGCUACUUAGACAGACCUAGGUGCAGCCGAUCUUCGUUGGUCACACCUAGGUGUAUAAGUGUGUAAUAGAUACACUUUAUAAAUAUGCAGUGUUACUAAAACCUCUAAAAAGUAACUUAAAAUUCCUAUUUAAUACCAUUUUUAAAUUUGACGUAUUUUCAGAGGCGGUAUAUUUUGUCUUUGUAAUUUUCUUUUCGGCAUAAGUUAAAUCUAAUUAUACAAUAGCAAUAAUGGUAUACUUAAUACAUACUGUAUAUCUAUCCUAGUACUUUAUUGGUUAAAAGAUGCCAGACGUGCCAGAACAUCAAAUGCCAAGACUGGCACCCACCAUUUGUUUGCCCACUUGGUAGUAUAAAAUAAUGUACCUACUGUACAUUAUUAUUUUAUUGUUCGAAUUAUCAAGUCGCGAAUUUAUAGUUAAAACUGCUUGUUGUACAAUAUGUUGAUUUUUUGCUCUGUUAGAUUAGUAAGCGUAAUGUAUGUGUUUAUGGUAAGCAAAUUGAAUACUCACGACGACAUAAAAAACAUAUUUAGCAUUAAUAUUUCACGCAACUAUGUUAAAUUAGUUAUACAUAUAAACCAUCUCAUUGUUCUUAUAUGUAUAUAAGAAAUUUCCAUUAUUCAAAAUGAACUUUAUACAUAUUACUAAAACAAUGUACUAGUUAGAACUGUGAUUGCUAAAGUUCUAUUAGGACUCCAAAAAUUUUCCAGUAAGUGCUCCUCUAAACUCAUAGUCAUUAAAAUAACUGUUAAUAUCUUAUUGUUUGUAAGGUUUUGCUGUUCAUUGAAAAAAUAAUUCACAAAUACAUGCUUAUUUUAUAAGAACAACAAAGAAGUUCGCGUGUAAUGUAAGACCAUAGCCGGGUCUUGUCCAACCUGUCAAACCAGAUGUUAGAUAAAAGCUUAUAUGGGUCUGUAUGAAAGUGAAAAGCAAUGACGUCACUUAUCAUGGAAUCCAAAGUCGUUCCUAUUUCGUUCCAAAUAAUGAUCACUAAAAUAUUUUUGUUAUUUGUUUGUUAACUAGGUUACCUAAAACAUAAAAUAUAAAAAUAAAACUGAUUGUAGUGUCAUUUAAUAACUGUGUUUCGUUAUAUUUAAAAUAUAUUUUAUUGCUUGCCCAAACCAGAGAAGUUUAGUAGAAAAACAUGUUAGAAACUUUGUCAGUAUCUAAUCGUCACUAGUUUAAUAAACUUCCAAUUGAACUUUACACAUUAUACUCGAAAAGUUUGUACAUUUUGGUCCACAAAACAUACAUUGUUAUAACAAUAUAUUAGUCAAGGUAUUAGUCAACUAUAAAGAACUAAGUCUGAGCUAAUGUGAGACAAUCUAGUGGUUGGACGGACAAUUAAAAAUGAUAUAUUGCAGAACGGUCGAACUUUCACUGGGAUGACUUUAUAAAUCUCUACGCUUUACUGGAAAAUAUUAGAUUACAAUACACUUUGUAUAAAUUUGUUUGAAAUUUACAAAAUAUAUAAACCAAGAAAAUUACAUGUUCCUGGCAUUAUAAUCUACAUCCUUGUAAAAUGUUGGAAUGCUUAGAAUUAAUAUUUAAUUUUAAUGUGAUGUGACUUGUAAAUGUGAAAAGUCCCCGAGCCCAUUCCAGAAAAAAUACCACCAGUAUCAUUACUAAAUACGAAUACUAGUGUAUUUUAUGUAUUUAUAUUAGUGUAUUUUAUAAUAAUAGUAUGUUGACGAAACUUUUAUAACACCACCAUUUGUGUCAUUUUUUGUACUGGCAAGAGAAUUCCUUAUGUCAACAAAUGCAGAAUGAAAGAAAAUUUUAAUUUAAUUAAAAUCAAGACAAUUAAAAUUAAAUUUUAUUUUACUAAAAUAAAAAAAUAUAUUAAUGACAAAGCAAUAAAAUUUAUAUUGAUGUGAAUAGUGAAAUAAAAUUUGAAUUUAAUUAAGAGUUAUUUAAUUAAAUUUAAAUUUUAUUUCACUACAUUUAAAACAGGAGUAAAACAUUUGGCAAACUUCCGGCCAAUUCUCGGAGCGAUUUUUUUCUGAUUGUCGGUCAGCACCUCUUUCCAACCUCGUGCCAUGCCACAGACUUAUAACCUCAGUGCCAUGCAAUUGUUUUCCUUAUAUCGUAGGAGGAUGGGUUCACGGACCAGAACUUUUGUUUAAAACUUUUACGCCUCAAUGAAUUUCAUCCUAUAUGUAUAGAUAAUUGUUAUAGAAUUCAUAAAAUAAACCACCAAAAAUGUCUAUUAGUGUAAUUGUCAUAAUAUUAGUCGUUGUCAUGUGUAUAUUAUUAUAUACCUACUAUUUAUUGGAGACAAAAUAAUGAAAUGUGAACUAUUUUUCCAUAUUUUCAUGUCUUUUAAUAAAAGAACACACAGGG